AUGAUGUUAGGCCGAGGACCCAGCUCGAGUUCUUCUACUAAAAUCGGUCCUGAGGAUCACAAGAAAGAGUCCAUCAAAUCACGCAGCACGAAGUCGAACUAUUCAAAAGGCAAAACUUCCAGCAGCCAGCGAUUGAUGCUAUUGAACUGUCCGGUAAACGAACUACACCCAGCUGUGCGGCAGAAAUUCACGAAUGCUGCCUUACAACCCACAAUGCCAGAUGUUUACACUGGAUCCACUUGAAGUCGCAAGGAAAGUUUUCUAGCCGAAGCGCUUCCGAUCAACACUAAACCUACGGCAAUCAAUCGAUGCGGUGGGGCAAUCAUUCGUCAGUUAUGA